UUUCAGGGACUUAACCUCUGCCUCCCUCACUUCACCAUCUCUUUUGUAGCCCUAAACCACACAAGAAACAUCAGCAAGCAACAGAUUACACAGACAGAGAUGAGCGGCGGUGCACCUCAUCGACCCCUUUCAUCUUCUCCACCCUAAUUUCAUCUGACAUACCCCCAACCUACCAUCACCGUUCCACCAACCAUCUCCGGCAAUAGUAUCCUGGGACACGUGACAAGCCGCGUAUGGCGGCGACUGCACAAGAAAAGAGAAGAGAGAGAGAAACGAAGAGCGUGAGAGAUGAGAAAGAGAAAUCAGAGACGGCGACGAUCCGCCGUCAGCGGCGGAGCCGCGGCGGCAGCGAUGUUUGGCCGACGAUGUUUACGGUUUCGGGUUUCCGUUCACUCGAGCCUCGGGUCAGCGAUUUCGGUUCAGUUUGUGACGAGGAUGAAUUUGGGAUAAAAGUGAAGGUUUCGUAUUUCAAUACAUAUCAAGUUCACGUUACGGUUCAACUUCAUUUCGGUCGACUUAGGUCAACUCAGCUUUGGUUCGGUUCGACAAGUCAACAUCGGUCAGCAUUGAUUUGGGUCAGCUUAGGUCUCAGCUCAAGUGCGGGUCUCGGUGCUGCUUGGUUCAACCCGGUUCGACUCGUCUAUGGCUUGUGUAUUUCAAAUUCUGGCGUUGAAGUCUUAUUCGUUGUCGUCGGCGAUUGUGAAUGAGAGUGAUGAAUGUGCUAUUGUGAAGGAGAAUUUCGAUUCGGUGAGGCACCAGAAAGAGAAACAUAGUAUGUUUACAAGCGUAUCGCCUCUCGGUAGCCGAAGGUAACUAACUACCUUCAACUAUAUGCUAUGCUUGAUUGAUUACAUUUCAUAUACUAUUCUUUGCAUCAUGUUGAGUAAUGUAGAAUGUGACUGAUAAGCUCUUUGGUACCUGGUUAGAAUGGUGCAUUUGGUGUUAUAGGUAUGUAUUCAGUUUAGUUGGAGAAUGUGAAUAGAAAUUUCAGCUAAGAUAUGGAAGUUUGUGAGAUACAAACAUUAAACUGUUGUAUUGGUUGAAUAUAUCACCAGUCACCUAAAUGACUUGUUCUGGAUCAAUGAAUACCAUUUAUCACACAGGCAUUAUCACUAAGAAGGGCGUU